UACAGUUUCCAAAGCCGGUGGCCAAAGGGAGUCCCUGUUGGGCCGAUUCUGGCCCACACGCCUUAGGUUUGACACACAGGUUAUUUCCCAGUGAGUGAACCAUCUUGUUGUCAGAGGAUCUUUGGAGCUCUUGGAACGUGUGUGUGCGCGCUCCAAACUCUCAAACUCCCGUCGAGUCAGCACUUUAACCCAGAUAUAAACCGCGACCUCCCGCCUUCCCCUCCCUCUUCUGUGUGGAGACCCGGCCUGUCAAACCGUUCACCAGAGCCGAACUGCAUCAAAACAAAAUGACCACCUCUGCUCAGCCCAUAUUCUCAAAGGGAGAGGACUGCAAGGCCACCUGGCACGACGCUAGCGCGGGCUACAAUGACGCAGACACGCACCUGGAGAUCAUGGGCAAGCCUGUGAUGGAGCGCUGGGAGACGCCGUAUAUGCACUCCCUGGCCACUGUUGCUGCCUCAAAAGGCGGUCGGGUGCUGGAGAUUGGUUUCGGCAUGGCCAUCGCUGCCACCAAACUCGAGUCUUUCCCCAUUGAGGAGCACUGGAUCAUCGAGUGCAACGAUGGAGUCUUUGCCCGCCUGGAGAACUGGGCAAAGUCUCAGCCACACAAGGUCGUCCCUCUGAAGGGCCUCUGGGAAAAUGUUGUCCCCACUCUGCCAGAUAACCACUUUGAUGGUAUCCUGUAUGACACAUACCCUCUGUCAGAGGAGACAUGGCACACUCACCAGUUUGAUUUCAUCAAGGGUCAUGCUCACAGGCUGCUGAAACCCGGUGGCGUCCUCACCUACUGCAACCUGACCUCCUGGGGCGAGCUGCUCAAGACUAAAUACGACAACAUUGAGAAAAUGUUUGAGGAGACCCAGGUGCCUCAUCUGGUCGAAGCAGGCUUCAAGAAGGAGAAGAUUAGCACCACCACCAUGGACAUUGAACCACCCAGUGAAUGCAAAUACUAUUCCUUCCGCAAGAUGAUCACUCCCACUAUUGUAAAAGAAUAAAGUAUAAAGACACCACUGUAGCUUUUUUUUUUUUUUUUUUUUUUUCUCUAACGUGCCUUUUCCUCUGACCUCUGCCAUACAUAUUCAAUAAACU